GACGUCGGACAAGUAGUUGAAAAUAUUGCGCAUACGCCGCGUGAACCGGAGGCACAGAGCAGAGCAGCAAGCCGCGCGUUCUUCGUUCUGCAUCGCACAAAUACAGCUUCGAAAAAGCCAGCAGAGAAGUGGGGUGCAAGGAAACACAUUAGGCAUCGAGGAGGAGAAGGAGAAGAAGGAGGAGGAGUAGGAGGAGGGCCGAGGAUCAGCGGCUGCGAAGAAAGUCCAUUUCAAAGUGCAGCCGGCCACAAAUCCAGCUUCACGACGUCUUGCAAACGGCUGAAAAUGGAGAAGACUCCCCGGUACACGCAGCGGGAGCGAAACAUGGUGUUGAGCUACGCGGCGCAGUACAAGGAUGUGAUCGAGAACAAGCGCACGGACGCGGAGUCCAACCGCAAGAAGGACGAGGUGUGGCUGCAGAUCGCCAAGGAGUUCAACUCGCGGGUCUACCACCAGCGCAGCGCCAAGCAGUUGCGCCAGCUGUACAAGAACAUGAAGCUGCUGCUCAAGAAGGACCUAUGCGGCGAGGACAAGAGCAACCACUCGUUCAUGGACCUGCUCAACACGCUGUCGCACCAGGAGUCAGUGGCGCAGUACAUUGCCGAGCAGCUGUCGCCGGAGGGCGCGGGCGGAGGCGGCGGCGGCGGUAAACAGGGUGGAGCGGGCAACGGAGGCGGAAACGGACACCAUGCGGACGACUACGACGACUCCAAGAUGCCCCUCUACCACGAGGGCAUGGACACGGACGUGAUCCUUAUCAAGUCGGAGACGAUCAGCGACAACGAGCAGACGGACAAUGGUAUGGACUGCCUGGACGAGGACGAUGACGACGACUGCUUGAGCCCCAAGGCGCCGGAGGUGUGCCUCGAGGAGGAGGACGACGUGCUCUUUCCAACGGACCUGCGCCAGCUGCAGCAGGUGGGAUCGUCCGGUGCCGCCGGCGGUGGGGUCUCCGCAGGCUCCCUGCCCGGAAACAUGUCCAGCAACGGGAUCACCGAAACCAGUCGCCGCGCCGCAAGCUCGCCCGUGUGCUCCACAAAGACUUCGAUUAGCUCCAGCGGAAGCUACGCAUCGCCGCCCAAGCCGGACAUCACUAUCCAGACCGUGGGCCACAUACGCGUGGGCAGCUUUGCCAACAUCAACAAGACGCUGCAGAACGGCGGCUCCGGCACAGGAGCAGUCCUAUCAGCGGCCAGCAAUGGCGGCACCAGUGCCAGUGGAGUGCUGCCGCUCACAGCGGAGCAAGUGCAGCAGCACACCCUGCUGAACGGCCUGGGAUUGUCCGCCGUGAACCCGGCUCAGUCCCUGCAGGCGGCCAUCAAUGCCGCCUAUGUGUCCGCCGCUCCAACUUCGUCGGUCGCCAUUAGCAGCCGCCGCACCCCGCCCACUCUGCAGCUGCCACGCCUUCAGCGCGGAAACAUCAACAAUAGCCACCACACUGCCGGCAGCACAAGCAACUCAGCGGUGGCCGCCAAUGGAGUGCAACUGCUGCUCAACGGCGGCCACCACGCACAGAUGACGCACAACCAUCUGGCGCGGGACAAGACGGGCGGCGUGGCCAUCGGGGCGGCGGGCAGUUUCAACGGCUACAACGGACUGGCAGUGUCGGGCACGGUGUGCGGCGCCUUGAACAGCAGCGGAUCCGGAGCCGGAAGCGUCGGGAGCAGUGCCAACAGCAGCGGCGUGGGCCUGGGAAUCGGCGGGGCACACACGUCAGGCGGCGGAGGAAGUGGCAGCGGUGGGACGAGGAGCCAGCACCAGGAGCUGAUCAAUUCGCUGAGGAUCGAGGAGAGCAAGCGGAAAAUCGACCUGAUCAACGCCCAAAUCGAAUACUGGCAGACGCUCACCCGCAAGUUGAACAGUCAGGCGAAUCACAUGCCUAAUCCCGCGUGCCCGUGCCACUUCCCCGGAGCCAGUGUACCCUCGCCCGUCGCCGUGACCACCGCUAGUGCCUCAUCGCCCGCAUCCACCAAUGUCUUGCAGACGCAGGCCAGCACCAGCUAGUCCGCAGCGAAGGGACGGUUCGAACCAGUCGGGGGUCCUGCGGACGAAAGCGAAAGCGACAGCGACAUCAUCUCGAUUGUGGACAUAGAUGAUGGGCAGUCUAGGGAGGAGGAGCAGUCGGAGGACGAUGGCGAGGAUGGUCACGACCAGGCCAUAACAGAUCUGACGCUACCCGACGAAGACGAGGAGGACGAUGUAGACGAAGAUGACUCACAGGAUGCCUUGGUCAGGGAUGUGGGCGUGGUGGGCGGCAUGUCGUCGCCAGAUACACCGCCCCACUCCUCUCCGCCGCCAGCGAAGCGCUCGAAGCGCCAGGAAGUCACCUCCGAGCUUCUGAGGCAGCUGGCCCUGCAGCAGAAUCAGGAUCCCCAAGAGGGGUGUUAGUAUUUUGUGUAGUUUGCUAAUUUUCUACUUGCAUGCCAUGCAUUGACGCAACCACUUUGAAACAUUAAUAUUACGAUAUAUAUUUAUUUACGCCCAGUUUGAGUGCCAAAACAAAAACCAAGAUUGGGGCCUUGCCAUCGAGAAUGCUUGCCAAAGGACCUGCUGAAACAACCGGUCACACCCACUCGCGACCCACUAUUUAUUUGCCAGCCUAACUGAAACAUAGCGAUUAAUUUUAUUUUAAAGUUUCUUGCGUCGCCUUUUUUUAUUGCCUUUUUUUUCUAUACAUGUAACGUGAUUAUUUUUAAGUUUUCCUACGAGCUGCUACCAAAAAGAAUAAGAAGGUGACUAUCUUGAAUGUACAUUUACUUUACAAAACUAGACCUUACUUAAUUAGAUCGAGCAGCUAAGAACGCAUGAAAAUGAAAUGUACAAAUGUGGUUCCUAAUCUAGUCCCUAAAGUCAAAAGUGAAGAACGAAAGAGCUACAGAAAAGAAAGCGAAAUUGUUACGCCUAGCCGAGUACUUGUGUAUUAUUUUUUUAUAUCGCCCAGAUUGUUCCCCCGAGGAAAGCGUUGAAGGAACUGUAGCUAAUUUAUGUACUUAAAGAACCAGUGAAACCAAACCAAUGAUUUGAAAUGGUGUAAAGAGGAGAAACUUGCUAGUCGCCGCUGCAUAACUUUGUAAGUGUGGCACACAAACCAUUUAGUUAGUGUUAGUGCUACUGUACGUGUAAAAUACAAUUAAUUGCCUAUCCAGACCCAGUAACCACAAUUUACAAGGAAGCACACACCAAACGAAACUGAAAACCAAGAAAACAAACCAAACAAAACUAUUUAUACAAUUUUGUAAACAAGAACUUAUUAAUAAAACAAUGAAUUUACUUUGUGGCCCA